AUGGUGAAUGUCUCUGCUGUUCGUGAUAACCUGGCUCAAGUCACCCAAUCCAUACGGGUGGCUAUGCGCUGCCUGAAUACCGGACGCGACUCACAUGAUGCCUCUCUACGGGCGCUGUCACUUCUCACGGACAUACUGGACUUGGUUUAUCGCAUCAAGGAUGAGAUCACAUGGACGGAAGAGAAAUGGUUUGUUGCUGUCGGCCGCUUGCGAGCUUUGAGUGAGCUUCUCUCGUGGUUUGGAUACACAAUGAAAUCGCUCGAGCUCUACUUCCAACCAGGUGGGGUCAGUCCCUUUUAUUUCAGGAAGCAUCUGUUAGACAAGACAUACAUUCCAAGAUUGGAGCAGUACAAAAUUAUGUUUCUGCUUUCUAUGCAGCCUGAAUCAGAGGAACGUGCUUUACUCGACAAUGAAAUCCGAAGCGAUCUAAAAAGUCAUAGGGAGGUUGAAACUGCAAACCUCAAUGUCGACCUGCAAUUCGAGGAGGAUUCACUAUCCCUGACAAGCCGAUUAUCUUCUGAGCAUUUUAUCACACUUGCAGAUCUGUGUAAUAGACGUCAGCAAGGGACUUGCACAUGGGUCUUCGAGAAUAGACACUUCAAGCAGUGGCUGCUAGGUGGAUUCAGAACUUUAUACUGCAUUGGACCUCCUGGUGCGGGCAAGACAUUCAUGUCAUCUGCCAUAAUAGACUUCCUCCAAAAGUCAUUCACCUCCCCUGAUGUUGCGACCGUCUUUGUGUUUUGCCAAGAAGGGGGAGGGAAAGAACGCACAUCGAUCGAACUUUUGAAAUCCAUUCUAGCUCAGCUUGUCUAUCGCAAGCGAAGUCUAUCCUACGCCACGUCUGCUCUAUACCUUUCGGAGUCUCUGAAGAAAGGAAGUGCGUCUUCGAAGGCGUAUCAAAAUGCAAUCCGUGCCGAGGUCAAUCGAUUCUCCAAAGUUUUGUUUGUGAUCGAUGGAUUGGACAUGUUUUCAGACAAAGAACGUAUUCUGGGACGCCUUCAAAAGCUUCCACAACAAGCACAGCUUUUAGUUACAUUGCGGGAGAUGAGUGGAGCAAAGCCUGUGGACAAUUCCGGUUAUGUGAGCGUGUUCGCACCACCAGACGACAUUGGCAUCUACACACUUACUCGGGCCCGAACGGAUCCAAGCAUUCGCAACGUUCUUGGCGGGGACUCGACAGAUAUUCAACUCGAGGAUGAUAUUAUUCAUUCUGUGGUGGACAAAUCUCAUGGCAUAUUUCUGUUAGCCAAAAUCCACCUUGACCUUUUGACUCAAUACCAAGAUCGAAGCAUGUUGCGGAGAGCUCUCUUUCAUCUUCCAGAGAACGUGAAUGAGGCCUAUGGCGAAUCAAUGAAACAGAUGGUGAGCCGAACGUCGAGCGCGACGCGUUAUAUUUACUGGGUCCUGUACACACUUCGACCUCUUUCAGUCUCCGAGCUCCGAAGUGCCGUUGGCGAUGAUGAAUCAAUCGACGACGCAGCACCUUUGAGUUUCGAACAGUCGCUACAUGCUCAAACCGGAGGCUUAUUGACGGUAGACGCUGUCGCGGGUACUGUUCGAUUUGUUCACCCAACGGCCAAAGACUAUCUGGAAGGUUCGGCCGCGAGAGUAUUUUUUCCCGGCGCUCAGAAAGAAAUUGCAGAAGCAUGUCUCAGUGCGAUCAGUCCAGAUGAGGUUGUGGAUGAAUGCUAUCGAAAUGACAUGGGCCCAUCUCGCAUUUUGAAAAAGGGGUUUCUCAACUACGCAGCGGCCUACUGGGGAAUGCAUGCCCGGGAAGUUGAUGAAGAAGAGCAAACGAUACAAGUUUUGAUCAAGACAUUCCUCAAUAAGCUUCUUUGGAGAAGGCCGCCGCUUGACUAUCCAAAAGGGAAAGCAGAUGGCAUGCCCUCGGAGCUUGGAAUCGGUAAAUACCCCAAUGAUUGGACUGGCCUCCAUUUUCUGGCAUUCUUUGGUGUUCCUGGGAAAGCAAGGCGUCUUCUUGAACAGGGAGAGAAGAUCAACAGUCAGGAAAAUGCCUUAGGAGUCACUCCUUUGCACUGCGCAAUGUAUCAAGGAAAUGAGGAGAUGGUCGAAUUCCUACUAGAAAACGGGGCAAAUGGAAAUGCUACCACGGCCGGCGGCCAGACUGCCUUACAUAUUGCGACACAGAGAGGCCACAGAAAGUGCAUGAAAUUGUUGUUUGCCCAGCAUGUUGAUCUCCAUCUGGUUGAUGAUACAGGCGCAUCAUGUCUUCACGCGGCUGUGGGGACUGCGACUGAGGAGUCUACAGUGCCUCUCCUGGUGAAGCACAAAGCUGGUCUAAAUUUUCAGAAUCCGAUCAACGGUAAUACUGCUCUUCACCUCGCAGUCAUGUUCCGGAGACCUCGAAUCAUUCUUUUUCUUUUGGAAAAGGGUGCGGUGAUCGACAUUGCGAACGAUGAGGGAAUCACCCCUCUUCAGCUUGCCGCAAACCUGGACAACUGCGAGGCUAUCUCUUUACUUCUUCAACAUUGCGCCCAAAUUGAGGCUCGCGCUUUAUCCGGUCCAACUGCCCUACAAUAUGCCGCCUGGAAAGGUCAUUGGAUAGCUUUUGAUCUUCUGCUGAUCGGUGGUGCUGACAUCAAUGUGUGGAACAAGCAAGGAGAGACUCUGCUGCAUGAGCAGGCGCGUCAUGGCCUGAACGCUUCUGUUGUUACAAAGCUCUUAAACCAAGGAGCAAAUAUCGAGGCCCGCACAUCCCAGGGCUAUACACCCCUUCAGUGCGCAGCUAUCAAUGGCAACAAGACGAUUUUCAAUCUUUUGCUGGAGCGAGGAGCUAAGAUCGAUAUUGAGACAGCAAAGGGCGAAACCAUUCUCCAUCUCACCCCUCCUGCAAACCAGAACUGCCUUGAUAUCUUAAAAGCGGCCUUGAGUGAGGGUCUUGAUGUCAAGGCCACAUCCAGUCAGGGGUGGACGCCACUCCACAAGACUGUCUACACCGGAACAGGGUCUCUUGAUGUUUCAGAUGACAAGACAGUUGAUUACAUCGAGCUUCUACUGAAGUACGGCUCAUCGGUGAAUGACCGCACACCCCCCCUCCACCUUGCAACGACAGCCCCUAUUCCUCGCGCAUCACUCGUGGAAUAUCUAAUUAAGAAGGGCUCGGAUGUCAAUUCCAAAAAUAAUGAAGGAAAGACACCUCUUCAUCUCGCCGCUGAGCGUGGAAGAGAGUCGGUGUUUCGAGCGCUGAUGGCUGCCGGUGCUGAUUUAUCGAUCAAGAUUCCUACGGACACAAAGCCCUCUCUAAAUGGCGAAAGGGGGGAGAGAAAUGAAAGAGGAGACCUUGAUGACAAGCACGAAAAACUUGAUUAUCCUUAUACUCCUAUCACGGCGUUUGAGCUUGCAAAGAAGAAUCCUUUUGGGUCCUUGUGGUUUGAUGACGAU